CCUGGAAACAGCUUUGCUGACAUCAGUCCUGCGUUCACGGGCUGGAGAGCGUAUCGUUGUAUAUGAUGCAAACAGAGCCCAUCUGCUGUUAUUCUUCUGUGUGUUUGUGUCACUGUUGUUACUACAAUUUGCUCGUUGUGAAUCAUAGCAAACAUUUUGACGGCGGAACCGAGUGUUUUGGUAGUGGAUCAGACUUAUUCAAUGGCUGAAGUUGCUACAUUUAACGAAGGUGUGUCUUCUAUUGAGGAGAGGAACCAUGAGAACAAGUUACAGACUGGAGGGCAAGAGCAUCCCGAUUCCCCUGACGGAGAUGAAUAUUCCAGUGGGAGUGACAGAUCGUAUGAGGGAGAAGACGGCGACGGUGGUUGUGGUGAGUCUAGUACUCCAACUAAGUCCGAAAAUUCACGCGCUCGAAGGAGGCGGCGGCAUGGUAGCCAUGGUAGCAGACGCCACAAAGGAGGCAGUCGUCACAAGAAGGCUUUCCAACCUUAUCCACCACAAGAUGAAAUGAAGCUGAAACGCAGAACUCUGGAACGAAAAGAAAAAGAGAACGCUGCAGCUGUGGUUCGUCGUGAAGAAGGUGGUCAAGAGUUCAUCAGAUUUCCUGUAGCACCUUUCAAUUCCACACAGUAUCUUAUGGAUGAGCACAACGUUAACUCGCCAGUCGGUUUGCACAAAACACCCAGCAGUUCAAAAUUAGAACUUUGCUCCAACUCGUCACCGGCUCCAGCGUCUGUUCAUUCCACACCAAUGCACUACAGCCAAGGAAUCAUGAAUCUAGAGAAGAAAGACAAAGAGUUUGUGGAUAUUUACACCAGUGUGCAUGCCGAAAGUCUGCAAAGUUUACCAAAAGAGGAACUUGUGAAACACUACAUGAGUCUUGAGGAGAAAGUGGAAUCACUACAGAAGGAAAUGGCAGUUGUGAAGCAAAGAAAGCUUGAAGGUGUGAAGGUUGACUCGCGGGAGGUGGAUAAGGACUUUGCUUGUGAUUCUGUUUCUGGAUCUGAUACGAACUCUUUAUCAAGUAGCAAUGAAGACUUUGUCGAUUUGUCCACAGUGAAUCAACCAACAAUAUCAGUCGGAGAGACAGACACCCCCAUGGCCGAGACAAGAUCUUCCGCAGCAACAGAGGCAAGCAAGGAGCAGGAGACUUCAUGAGUUGUUUUGAAGCUUGACAUUGGAAUGAUUGGUGACAAAAAUUGUAAAGGUUCGUUUUAUGAAUUAAUUGAAAGGUGGCAAUUGUUUUGUGGUUUCAAAAUCAAAUAUGUUUAGGCUCUUUUUGAGUUUGAGACCAGUAAAAUUUUGGGCGUAGGUGUAACCAAAUGAAA